UGGACAAUGUUUGUCAAAUAAAAACGAAAGUGCUACAGUGUCAAAAUCCAAAAAGUUUUUGAUCUAAACAAGCCCUCAGACUGUACACUCGUAUACGGCGAAAAUGUGAAUGUGAAAGAGAUCGGAGUAUACUCGGCAUUCCGUAUUCCGUACUUGCACACCACCGGCGCCCCUGGGGGUGAAAAUGCAAACCACGGCGCGGCGCACACAGGAUUUGCCGCCGCGCUCUUUUCCCCCCUGCUAUUCCCAGUUUCCCUCCACUCGCCGUCUCCCCCCAACCGCUUCAAAAUUUGAAAACCAAUGCCCCUGUCCCCGCACCGACGGCUGGGAUUUCGCCGCGGCGCCUCGGCCGCCGUGUCCGCGCCCAAACCGCCCGCCCUCGCUCCCGUGCCCGGGGGGCCAAGAAAUAAAAAGGACGAAGAAGGACGUCCUCCACGUUUCUCCAUCGCCGAUUCGCCGGCCGACCCUUGCCUUUCCUCUCCAAUCUCCAGUCGUUUCUUUUCCCCACAAGCGCCGGCCAUGGCCAUCUCGGAGGAACCAGAGGGGGCCGCGGGCGAUGGUGGUGGGGUGACGACGCGCGGGAGCAAAGGGCGGGGGAAAGGCGCCGCGAAGGGGCGCGGGAGGCCCAAGCGCCGGAGCGACGACAGGCCCUUCGCGGCGCCGGCGAUGGAUGGGGUGGCGUUCAGGGACAUGGUGCUUAGGGAGAGGAGGCACGCGGCCAACGUCUUCUGCGAGCGCGACACCGAUGAUGACAAUGAGGAGAUUGCCACCAACCAAUUCAAGCCUCAGAGAAAGAAGAGAAAUGAUGCUGGCAAGAAGAGGGGUCCUAGAAAAACGAAACCAGAACAUGUGGACAACAGCAAGGCCGACUUCCCCAACAGCAAAUGCCACGGUGACAUGAAGGGGGAUGGUUCCGAGACAGUUAGGGACAAGGUUUUACAGACUGCAAAGAAGAGGAAGAAAGGAGAUGCAGGGAAGGUUUCUGUCACAAAAAGGUUGAAAAGAGAGAAUGAAGAACAAAAGAAGGCCUUAUCCUCCAAGCGUAAAGAUUGUGAUGAAACUAAAAGGAAAGGGAAGAAGAUGUUGACUGGGGAUAAUGCCCUGAUGUGCCACCAGUGCCAAAGGAAUGAUAAAGGGAGGGUGGUCUGGUGUAAUUCAUGCAAGAAUAAGCGCUUCUGCGUGCCAUGCAUCCAACGAUGGUAUCCUGGUUUGUCAGAAGAUGAAUUUGCUUCACAAUGCCCGUAUUGUCGCAAGAACUGUAAUUGCAAGGGAUGCCUACGAAUGCGAGGAGUUGAAGAGCCACCAAAGAAGAAAAUUUCUGAAGGAAAUCAAAUCCAUUAUGCUUGUCAUGUUCUGCACUUGUUGCUUCCCUGGUUGAGACAACUGCGACAGGAGCAGACGGAGGAGAAGAAAUUAGAGGCUAAAAUACAAGGUGUUUCGAUGAAUGAGGUGAAGUUGGAACAGGCUGAAUGUGAUAUAGAUGAACGCGUCUUCUGCAAUAACUGUAAAACUUCUGUAGUUGAUUUUCAUAGAAGCUGCAAGUACUGUUUUUAUGAUUUGUGCCUUUCAUGCUGUGGGGAGAUCCGCAAAGGUGAGAUUCCUGGAGGAGAGGAGGUAAAGAUCUUAGAGCCUGAACCAAAAGACAAGACUUAUAUUUUUGCUACCAAUAAUCAGUUCCAAUGGAAAAAUGUGUCUUCCAAUGGAAUGGGUUCUAGUGAGGCCCCAAAGAAGUCUCUACUACUGUGGAAAUCAGAAAGUGAUGGUAGCAUAUGUUGCCCACCGAAGGAGCUAGGAGGCUGUGGUGGUUCAGUUUUGGACCUCAAAUGCUUGUUCCCAGAGAAAUUACUUUCUGACUUAGAAGAACGAGCUGACAGAAUUGUGAGGAGUAAAGUAUUUGCAAAAGCAGUAACCAAAAGAAUUGAUCAGUGCCCUUGUUAUGACCAUUCAGGAAGUGUAAGAAUUCAUGAUGUGCGAGAGGCUGCAAAUAGGAAAGGCUCAAGUGAUAAUCACAUCUACUGCCCAGUUGCCACUGCCAUCAAGGAGGAUGACUUAGUGCACUUUCAGAUGCAUUGGACAAAAGGUGAGCCAGUUAUAGUUUCUGACGUUCUUCAGUUGACCUCUGGUCUCAGUUGGGAGCCAUUAGUUAUGUGGCGGGCAUUGCGAGAGAAAAAGACUAAUGGUGAUGUUGAAGAUGAGCACUUUGCUGUCAGGGCAAUAGACUGCCUUGAUUGGAAUGAGGUGGAAAUUAAUAUACAUAUGUUUUUUAUGGGAUAUAUGAAAGGCAGAAUGCACACCACAGUACACUGGCCUGAGAUGCUUAAGCUGAAGGACUGGCCACCAUCUAGUUCAUUUGAUCAGAGGUUGCCUCGCCAUGGCGCUGAGUUUAUCAGUGCAUUGCCAUUUCCUGAGUACACUGAUCCUCGAUAUGGUCCACUAAAUCUUGCAGUCAAGCUUCCUGAUGGUGCACUGAAGCCAGAUCUUGGACCCAAAACUUACAUUGCUUAUGGAUUUCACCAAGAGUUAGGCAGGGGUGAUUCUGUGACCAAGCUUCACUGCGACAUGUCUGAUGCAGUAAAUAUAUUAACACAUACAACACAAGUGACCUAUGAGGGUUAUCAACAUAAGAAGAUAGAGAAACUCAGAAAGAAAAUGAAAGAACAAGAUCUUCAGGAACUUUAUGGUGUUUUAGAAUCUGGCACUGAACGAGACCUAUUAUCAUCUUCUACUGAUUCCAGGAAUUUAACCAUUGACGAAACAUCAAAGAUCUCAUGUAAAGAUGCAGGCCAGUGUUCAGAUUACAUUGACAAGAAUAAUAGUUAUGCUGGGAUGCAUAAUGGUGCUCAGUGUAUUACGGGCAAGAGUGGAGACCAUGAGAAAACUGGUGGUGCUUUGUGGGAUAUUUUCCGAAGAGAAGAUUCUGACAAGCUACAAGAUUAUCUUAGGAAACAUGCCAAAGAAUUCCGGCAUAUCAAUUGCAAUCCUGUGAAACAGGUUAUUCACCCAAUUCACGAUCAGAUUUUCUACUUAACUGAGGAGCAUAAGAGAAAGCUCAAGGAAGAAUAUGGUGUUGAACCCUGGACGUUUGAGCAGAGGCUUGGUGAAGCGGUUUUUAUUCCUGCUGGAUGUCCUCACCAAGUGAGGAAUCUGAAGUCUUGCAUCAAGGUUGCAAUGGACUUUGUUUCCCCAGAAAACGUCGAUGAGUGCAUAAAACUGACUGGAGAGUUUAGGCGACUUCCACCUGGUCACAGGGCUAAAGAGGAUAAACUGGAGAUUAAGAAGAUUGCUCUUCAUGCUCUGAACCAAGUAAUAAAUUUCUUGGAUCCUUUCUCUGAGGGGUUGAAGAGUGGAGCUGCCCAACCCAAGAAUAAAAAAGAAGCUGAUGCUGAUGCUGAAGCACAGAAGAAGCCUAAAAUGGGUCGCCCAUGUCGCAAGUCGAACGAUGAAGCUACUGACGAUAAGCCCAAAAAGAAGCCUGGUCGUCCCAGAGGUGAGAAGAGCGGAGACGGCAAGUCCAAAGAUGGUGCUGUUGAUGAGAAGCCUCCUAAAAUGCAGGGCAAUCGCCUGAAAGGCUCUAGCAAGCGGUAGGUGAUUGAUCGGUUCACUGCUGACAGGGAAAGUAAGGCAUGGUGGCUGCACUGACCCAACCUGGACGUAGGUAUUUUGGAAGCAGGUAGAUUCUAGAAUAGACCGGGCAUUUUGUCACCCCUAGACGCCAUUGUGGGCUGUGGCGUCUGGCUUUUGUUCAUAUGUGGUGAUUGCCGGCUGGCACCAUUCUGGAAGAACCAUGCUAGGUGCUCGCUGUACAAGACUCUUCAUGUAGCGGGCUAUGGUGAUUGGCAGUUCCGCAUGUCUGUUGCUGAUAUUGGUAGUAAUUGACCUGAAUAGAUGUGGUCAUUUGAACUCUCUGGAUUCUGGUUUUAUAUAUCCAAUCCAUUGGCUGAGGCUGAGCAUUCUUAGCUGAAAA